AAGAAAGAAGAAAGAGACGGAACUGAAGCUAGCUCGCAGGCUAGCUGAAUGUCCUACCGUGUCGCAGAUGUUUCUAAAGCCACGGGGAAGGGCGGAAUGUGGGGGGUCGAGUAUAUAAGACUGGGCAUGGGGUUGUUUGUAAGUAACGCGGUUAUUGGACCAGUCGGUUCGGUGUCAGUGGAGGCAGCGGUGACCGAGAACAGGCUGUUGUGUUUCGGAGUGAACAACCAAAGCUACAUCUGUGAUUCGGGCCACUGCUGUGGAGAGUCCCAGUGCUGCAGCUAUUACUAUGAAGUGUGGUGGUUUUGGUUGGUCUUGACACUCAUCAUCAUUCUGGGCUGCUGCUGCCUGUGUCACCACCGCAGAGCCAAACACAGACUGCAGCAGCAGCAACGGCAGCACGAGAUCAACCUCAUCGCUUACAGAGAAGCCCAUAACUACACCUCUCUACCCUUCUACUUCAGGUUUCUGCCUGGCUACCUCUUACCUGCCUAUGAGGAAGUCGAGAACAGACCACCGACACCCCCGCCUCCAUACAGUGCCUCUCAGCCAGGCCAGUCCACCAGCCCUGUCCCCCUGUGCUCUGAACAACCAGAUGAGCUCUGCCCAGCACUGCAGUGCAGCCCUGUUGCCUCUGCAUCGGAGAACUGUUCCCCAGGGCCAUGCAUCGAGCAGCCCCACUCUCCCACCUCACACUGCCCCACCAGAAACACCCACAAACCGUACCUCAGCCUAGAAGAGGACGAGCAACUCCAGCAGGUAGCAUGUGCUACCUCACACAGCCUGGUCAAACAAAGCAGUGAGGAUCUGACUAAAGCUGGAGAGCAAGGCUUGGACUGUUCUCCUGACAUCAACGACAAAACUCCAGGGCGUCAUAGGCGCUUCACGGGUGACUCUGGGAUUGAGGUAUGUGUGUGCAGCCAGGGGCCCGGGGACGGAGAGGAGGAAGAAGAGAUGAAAGAGCUAGUAGGGCAUUUGGAAGGAGGGUUGCUUGAGGAGCAGGACUUCUGUGAUAGCUGCAACCCCCGCAGUAGUAGCCCUCAUGGUUUAGGGGUCGAGGAGCAGGGCCUGGCUACCUCAGACAGGGAGCCUCAGCGACCCCCGGUCUGCCUUCAUUUGCACACCAUCAAUGAACAGGAGGGUCAGCAUCAUGGCAACCAUGAUCCUCAGAGUUGAGCACAACCAGUUCCAGCAGAGACUUGUUUUACACUGCUGGUUCCCUUUACUUUUUCAAUGUACAUCAGUUUUUGUACUGUCAGCAGUGUCACUUUGGGUGUACUUCUUUGUGUGUGUGAAAGAGAGAGUGUGUUUUAGGAGGGUGUUAAUGUGCAAAUCCUUUACGGUUUUUAUGGAUUAAUAGGAUAAUCUAAUAAAGACAUUAAUAGGUCUGUUGCCUCAAAGAGAGGUCACGAUCAAAGCCACAGGGGAAAUUCUGUUCCCCGGUUUAUAGCCUUAUUGAGUUGUCACACAGCUCUGAAUGUCAUGCCUGUAGAUUUGGAUGCUUUUCCUUGGUUUUUGGAGGCAGAUUGCCUCCUGCUGAGACCUAUUAGUUCAUCAAAAAAGGAAAAUUGUCAGUUUGCUCACCCUCAUGUUGUUUUUCUUCUGUGAAACACGCAGAUAAAAGGAGACAUGUUAAUGAAUAUCCCAGUCCAUCUUUUGAUUUCAAUGACAGUCAUUAUUUACAUAAGUCAGCAUAAAAGUAAUCGAUAAGCGAUAUACUAGGUGUGAGUGAGAAAUAGAUCAAUAUCUAAGUCUUUUUUUACUCUAAAUUCUCCACCCUGCUCAGUCAAUCUCCACUUUAACUUUCACAUUCUUCUUCUUGUGUUUUUGGUGAUUCACAUUCUUCAUGCAUUUUGCCCCCUACUGGCAAAGGAGAAGAAUUUCUAGCAAAAAAGGACUUAAAGCUACACUAUGUAACUUUUGGCCCUCUAGCGGUUAAAAAAUAAAACUGCAUGUGUCUUGCGGAAGAACAUUGUUAUGGUAAUGACGUAAGUUGUGGUUCGGCUCUGUUCCUCUGCGUGGAUGAAUGUGGUUUGAGGCAUCGAUUUAGACAAGGAUACAGGGAAUCUUAUCAGAAUGAAUGGACAAAUAAAUAACGAAAGAAAGGAAAAGACGGAUAUCCAAAAACAUGUCAUCUGAGCAGGUAAGUGCCAUAUCUUAUGCUGUUGUUUUGACAUUGGAAACAUUGAUGUUUUGAAAUAAAUGACGUUACUAAAUUUAGGCAACGUUCGUUAACAUAAGACAUAACGUUUGCUAAUCUGGUAAGGUCAAACGUUGUUAUGUUUUUAUAACUGCAGGAUAGUCUGGCCAAAUAGACCACGGAAGUAACUAAUUUAUAGAUUGUCAUAAUUACCAACCAGUGGUCAACAUCAUUUCAAGACUCACAUGUCCUUGGCUAGCCUAGGACUAAAGGAUUUAUUUAUAUAAAUUAUUGCCGUUAUAAUAAAAAAUACACAUGCUUGCUAGCAAGUUAAAAGUUCUGCACCACUUACAUUAAAAUGAUUGUAUUUCACUACACACACACAGUUGUGUGAUUACACAAUUAUACAUAAACCAUAUCAAUAAAAUAUUUUACCUGUUGAGUAAGAAAAAAGCUAUCUCUCAUUCGCUUUUAAAUCCUUUCAGAUCUCGGAGUUGUCGCCACCUCUGAAAAGCCAAGCCGAUGUUGAUUCGAGUUUUAUUACGGACUCUGUCUCUUUCCCUUUUUGCUUGAAGACUCUGCUCUGUUCAGGGUUUCUUUGUUUUUACAACUAGUGAUUCCCCAGAGGUUUGCCGUUUUGAAUGAUCCAUGGUCAAUUUUUCUCGUUCGUUGUAACACAAACAAACUUUCAGCUUCAGCUACUCCCACACCAUACACACGCUAAAGUAGCCGGAGCUUAUUGUCUCUGUGUACGGAUAUGACGUCAACACACACGGGCAAAUGAAGGAUGUAUGUAAUUUCCUGCUAAAUCAGUCUCGACAGCUCUAAAAUAUAAAUUAUUAUUAUAGGUUUAUCAAAGUGUAUUUGGGUAAAGACAUGGUUUAGAAAAUGGAUUUUUGUUGCACUCAAUUUUUUUU